UUGUGUAUAUUUCAUCCAAGUUGUAGAUCGACGGUGCAGUUGAAUAAAGUGUAUUUAAGUAUCAAUAAAUAAUUAAUAUCAUUAGAAAAAUACGAUCUAGAUUGAGUUUCUAAUGUUUUACAGACUAUCUGAGGAUAAUACAAAUCCAAGUAUAGACAGGAUAACUUUAUAUGAAAAAUAUAAAUUGGUCGAAAGAACAGAACCUGAAGUUAAUGGAGUCUGGAAAGGUGCUCAUCUGUUGCUCUUCUUCCUGGCGUUCGUGUUUGGAUCGUUCUGCACAUUUUGCUUUCACAUGUUGAUGUAUCUAUUUGACGAAAAGUGCGUGCUGUUCCCGAAGCUGAUGUCUCUUACGUCGCUACAUCAGAAUAUGAUCUACGAGUUUAUUCCCGAUGAUAAAGAUGCUACCGACAUGCUGCCAGUGGAUUUCCUAAGCACGCAAUGGGUGGAAAAAAGCGCAUGUCUACUUCCGACCUAUGUGCCUCUUGUCUCCGGUAUAUUUGGUCUCGUCUGGACCACAAUGUUCCUAAUGUGCUCGAUUGGAAGUAGAAUUCUGACUGGUUUGCAGAGACCAUGGCGCGUGCUGCCGCCGGUGUUCGUAUUUUCUGUAGUCAUGGGUAGCGUUUGCAUCUACACCUCCGCUGUCACGCAUCAUGGACUGGAGGAAUUGUGCUUCAAACUAAAUGAAAUCACCGGAAGUUCCUCGUGUUCAUACACGAUAAACGUAGCAACGCUCGCGUACCAGCGCAGAAUUCGCGGCGUGUAUCAAGCGACGCGGCUCACGAUCGCAUCGGCUUGGCUUCAUACCGCUUGCUGGGUUCUGUCCGCUCUUCUGGCGUUAGCGAGGGUUCUUUUGGCAGUUGACUUCAAACUUGUUCGAGUAAGCGUGCAAUUGCAAGGGAACAUCGACAGAAUGCUGGAGCGUCAUGAAAAACAGAUACGUACGGUAUCACCAGCGUGGACUGAACGUACGAGUAUUACUCAACAUUCACGCAGCAGCAUCAGAACCCACUUUAUAAAGAAACUGUUAAAACCCAAGUUAAUCGAUGAAAAUAAAGAUGGCGACUUACUAUACUAUACUCAUUUACCUCGUGAAAUGUCUGAAUCAGCAUUAGUAACGGCCGAACGUUUAAAGUUAGACAAACUGGCUGCAAUUAGCGCAGCCCCUGAAGAGCAUCGGUUCAUAGUUAAAAUAUUAUAUGAUUUACUAGACACUGCUGAUGAUACACGGUACUUAGACUUUCGUUCAGGCACCAGUUUUUCAGGAUCUAUAUCAGGUACUCAAACUCCGCCCCUUACUCGACAUUACGGCCAACUGAAAAUAACUUCAACAUUGUCAUCGAGACAUUCAGAACUCAAUGAAAUCACAUCUGCAGACAUUCAGCAAGCUGAAGAAAUGGUUCAAGAGAUCAACCGGCAACUGCACGCGCGACUUAACGAAGAACUUAAUGAAUCAAAUGAAAUUAUUGACUACAGUCCCAAAAAAAUUGCUUUUAAAUCUUCUUUAAUGAUUGCCUCUGAAGAUCAACUAGCUCUAGAUAAAAAUAUUACAACUGAUAUGGAACAGGAACAGGAUUCAACGAAUUUUUCAGAGCCAAGCACUAGCAAGGGUAAAGAGAAAACUUUGAAACCAAGUUUAAAGCAAGUUGGUGUACAAACUGAUGAGAAAGUGAAAGAUAAAUCUCAUAAAGUCCAAAUAGACUCUCGAGACGUCUCUGAAUCCAAAACUUCUCAAGAUAAAGAAACUCAAACAAAGAAAGAAAAAGAAAAACAGGACUAA